UAGAAUUCGAUGUAAAUAAUGUGAUUAAAGUAUUUUAAGCAGGUAUGCUUCAGCAUUUUUCAUAUUUUAUAUUUUGUAGCAUGCAUGUGAAUCGAACAAUUUUCUAAAAAAAUAUAGUUCCAAACAAAUCGAGGAAUUUUGAUCCAGUUUGAAAUAACAAUUCCUAUAAGUAGAGUUAAAAAAAAAAACUCAUCAAACUCACUACGAAAUCAUGAAGCUCAAAGAUCAAGCUUUCGAUCUGCUACAAAUAUUCACAGCGGAGGUCAUAGCUACAGUUUUCUUAGUGUACUUCGGUUGCAUGGGAAUUCUUCCAGGAUUAGAUCAAUCAUCGAAAAAUAUCAGUUCCUUACAAGCAGGAUUUGUUUGGGGAUUUGCCAAUGCAGUUUGCAUUGUGAUAUUCGGAUGUAUUAGUGGAGCUUUUAUGAAUCCAACGAUUACUUUGUGUGCUUUGAUAUUCAAGCGAAUAUCUUUACUGAUUGGAUUCGUGUAUCUUGUGGCACAAUGUUUAGGAGCAUACCUUGGAGCUUGGCUCGUGAAGCUUACUACAUCCAGUGAUAAAUACCCUGAAAACUGUUGCCUCGUCAAGAUCAAUCCAAAUGUGUCAAUUUCUCAAGCAUUUCUUUCAGAAUUCAUGGGUGCUUCAGUUCUAGUCUAUGCCCAAUGCAGUACUUGGGAUCCUCGAAAUGCUCAGUAUCAAGAUUCGGUACCUCUUAAAUUCGGAUUCGUAAUGGCAAUUAUUAAUUUUGCAUUGGGAAAUUAUAGUUCUUGCGUAAAUCCAGCUCGAAGUUUUGGUCCAGCUUUAGCAAAUGGUUUCUGGGAUAAUCAGUGGUUCUAUUGGAUUGUUCCUUUAAGUGCUUCUAUAUUCACAUCUUUUUUCUACAAAUUCAUUUUUCUCAAGAAACAUCAGAAAUUUUCUGAUCUAAAACACACUUCUGAAAUUUUGGAAAAUAUUAGCGCACCCGACCUGCAGGCUGCCAUAGUAUGGGGCAGCACGAUAACUUCUGUUAUAAUGAUGUUCGGUCAUAUAACGAGAGGACAUUUUAAUCCAGCGGUAACUUUAUGCGCUUUGAUAUUACGUAUCAUUACUCCUUUAAAAUGUUUGGCUUAUUUUCUGGCUCACAUGACCGGUGCAACAUUCGGAUACUGGCUAUUGACGGUCACUUUACCAGCGCCUUUGUUUAGAGACCCUGCUACGAAAAAUAAAACAUCUGAGUAUUGUAAUACACUUUUACGUGAACACUUGACACCCCUUCAAGGUAUCUUGGCUGAAUUCAUGGGUACCUCAGUUCUAAUCUAUUCAGUAUGCAGCGCGUGGGAUCCUAGAAAUGCAAUUUGGAGCGAUUCUGUCGCAUUAAAAUUCGGAUUUGUUGUUAUUAAUUUGGUUAUAACGAUAGGACCUUUAACGGGAGCUAGUUUGAAUCCGGCGAGAUCUUUUGCUCCGGCUAUAAUUAAUAGAGUAUGGACGGGUCAUUGGGUGUACUGGGUCGCAACUUUGGGAGCAUCAUUAGCGACCACAUUAAUUUACAAAUACCUUUACCUACCGGAUGCAAAGGAAUUCUUCCAAUCAAAAGAAAAACUAUCCGAUCAAUUCAGACACGGUUCUCUGUACAGUAGAGGUGAAGAUAAUUUGUUGCCGAAAAAAUUAUUACCUUCGGAGUUGAAAUAAAAACUUUUUUACUCGA